GGAUGGGAGGAUGGGUUCUUCUUUUAAUUAUUAGGAGAGAGAAAGAGGGAAGGGGUGGGCUCUGCUUUUUAUUAUCAGGAGAGAGAAAGAGAGGAGACAAAGCAGCAGCACUGGUGGCAGAGUGACUGAUCAAAAAGCAGAAAGACUCCCUCAAUUCUCGCACUUUUUUAAAUUCUCAGUAUUUAUGCUUUGGAUCCACGAACCAAAACCUUUUUGAUUUUUUCCUUUCCCUGAAAUUGUUUUCCUUUUCUUUAAACCAUUUUAUAUCACAUCCCCCAUUUAAAAACUCAGUUAUGGUCCCUCUGCUGCACCUGACUUGACUUCACAAGACUUUCAGUCCCCAUCUUCCCAUUCCUCUUAAAACUUCUACGCUCUUUCCUUUCAUAUGCCCUUGUUUAUAUGCAUAAACAUUCUUCUUUCUUCUGCAAACUCCUUUUGCUUACACACUUCUUCCAUGGAGGAAUAUAGAAGAGGUCAGAUUCCGGCAUUUGGUAACUGGGAUGGCGGGGAAAGUCUCCCAAUUACUCAGUAUUUUGAGUCGGCGAGAGAGGCAGGGUUGUUGAGAAGACAUGCUGAGGAAAAUAUGAGCGGUUUCAGGCAAACCAUUAAGAGUGGCGAAGUAAUGCAAAAACCGCGGACUAAGCCGCACCAACACACCAAGGAUCAGAAGAAGAAAGUGGGAGUUAGGGUUUGCUCUGUGUCUGAACCCAUGCCAAGAAAACCAGCAGUGACUCCCAAACCAGUGGAUGAAGACCUCUACAAGAUACCACCUGAGCUCCUUCGACGAUCUCGCAGAACAAAUAGAUAGAGCCAAAGAGAACCAGGUGAAGGCCAAAAUGAGUUAGCAAUUCCCGUCCAAUGGCAAAAGAAGCAUACAGACAAAUGAGUUGGCAACGCCCGUCCAAUAUGGCAAAAGAAGCAUAGUGACAAGAUAGAAGUGGUUUUGUUUUUGGAAGGUAAAAGACAUGAAAGGUUUGUUACGGUUGGAUGGGAUAGGGGAAUGACCCAGCUAGAAUAAGAAAACGAGAGAGAUGGCACGUGUUAUUUUGAAAAUUGUUUGAGAUAGAAAUAUAUAAUAAAAGGGGUUCAAUGAGUUCAGGGGGUUAGUUGAAAGACUUCUCGCAAAAUUAAUGCCACUAGAUGCAUUUUAAAUUUACGAGUCUUCCAAAAAAUCGUACACCAAAUUAGAGUUGUAUGAAGAUAUUUUCUCAAUAAUUUGUCUUUUGUGGAUAACCUCCCCCAAAUUCCAGCACAAUUCCAAAAAGAGUACUAAUUGAAUUAAGAAAGCCAUUGCCCCAAAUUUGGUUAUAGACACGAGUGGUUAAAACUGAGGCAUCAAUCCUAUGGUCCAUUGCUCUUUGUGUUUUGUCUAUUCCUCUAACACCAUGAGCUUUUUUAUUU